GCGAAUCGGUAAGGUCGUGCGUUCGCUCGGAGUGACUCUCAUUCGCGAAUUCUGUGCAGUUUCAAAGUUCUGUUUGGUUUUGAAUUCCAGUGGAUUUUUUGAUGCAGCCUCGUGUCGCUCUCAAAAUGUGUGAAGUGAAAAGUGAGUUUGGCGUCUCAUAGUGUGAUGUGAAGUGAAGUGAAGUGACAAUGACGUCGUACCCUGAGAGCUUCAAUGACACGGUGGUGCGCGCUUUCGACGAGGGCUUCCCACUGCUGAUGCCCAAAUGGGGAUACGUGGUGUCGGCCUUCGUUCUAUUCCUCAUAGGGUUCUUCGGAUUCUUCCUCAAUCUGCUGGUGAUACUGCUCAUGUUCAAGGACCGCCAGCUAUGGACGCCUCUGAACAUCAUCCUGUUCAACCUGGUGUGCUCAGACUUCUCUGUGUCGGUCCUGGGCAAUCCCUUCACUCUCAUCUCUGCCCUGUUCCACCGCUGGGUGUUUGGGCACACCAUGUGUGUUCUGUACGGGUUCUUCAUGGCUUUAUUAGAUUCUCAAGUGAUCUUGAAAUAA